AAUUAAUAAAAACACAGAGGGAGAGGGAGAAAUUGUGUGUACCAUGGCGGGGUUACUAGCAUGGGCGGCGGACGUGGUGGGUGGCGGCGGAGGAGUAGACGAAUCAGAUCCGAUUUCGAUCCCAAUCAUGUUUUCUGAUGAUGAGCAAAAGUACGUUGUGGAACUCGAUCAGAAGGCAGCGUCUCUGCGCCGUUCGAUCCACGAUCUACGUCUGAGAUUACCUCCACAAGACAUCUCUCAAAGCCUCCCUCAUCUCCACGCGCACUCCGUCGCUUCCAACGCCGCACUCGCUCUCCAAUUGAACUCUCACUCCGCCACUCGCCAACAGGCCCAACUGAGAGAGGUGACGCUGAAGGAAGAAAACGCUGCAUUCGAGAACGCGAUCUCGAAUUGCCAGAACAAGAUUAAGGAAAAAUUGCAAGAGGCUGAGUUGCUGAAGAGCAAGUUGGAGGAGAUGGACGAAACUGAAAAGAAACUGAAAGCUGACGUGGACAGUGUGCGGUUGCGAUCUUGGAUAUCUGACGGUUGGGAUGAAGAAGCGAAGAUGAAUCCUAAAGGUGGAUCAGAUGCGGGGGAUGCAGAAGCGUUGAAAUCUGCUAUGCUUGACGAAUUGGAAAAGAAGAAGAAAGAUUUGAGUUCAAUGGAGGAUACUGUGCGAGAGUUGGAGAAGAAAUGGGGACAAGUGCAGGAAAAUUCACUUAAACAGCCCUCCCCAGCGCAAAGAGAGAAGACAUUGGAUAAACAGCUUCACGGUCUAAUUGAGCAACUAGCAGUUAAACAGGCACAAGCUGAGGACCUACUCAGCGAAAUUCAUAUGAAAGAGAUGGAGUUGCAAAGAUUGAAUGGACUUUGGCGACGACUGGAAAGCAGCAAUUCAGAGGUGAAUGCUGCUAGGAAUCGGUUUGUUAAAAGCUCCUAUGAUAAGUUAUCAGAUCAAGAUGGUCCUCAGAGGCUUCCUUACCAUUCUGCUGGCAGAACUGAAAGCCAGCAGAGGCUUAUGCUACUCAGGUCGGCGUUUGUGCUUUAUAUUUUUGCUUUACACAUACUGGUAUUUUUCAGGAUAUCAUUUUGACCAGCAUUGACAUAUUAAUAUGAUAAUGUUACUUUUCAAUGUUCAUGUUUUUUAACCUUUGAUUGUACUUAUUAAAUAUCUCGUGUAUAUGUAAAGAAGU